AACAUGGGCAUGCUCCCUAGCUAGCAUCUUAGCUUUGUUAGCAUUAGCUUGAGAAAGAUGGCGUCAUUACAUCAUCCUGAAUAGGUGUUCAUUUUUUUUCUUGCUUAAAGAAAUGGAAACAUUUGGCACAAGUUUAGCCAAACAUUUUUCAACAUUUAUUGAAUAUAAUUUGUCAUUGAAUGUUCUUGGUGCUUGCUAACUGAUCCAAAAUGGCCGCCGCUGGGUCGCUGUUACCGGCCCUCCUUCAGCGGUUGUUGAUUGUUGCUAGGCAACUUCUGAACGUAGUGGAAAGGAGAGCAGAAUGGUAGGGACCUGUAGCGAUACCUGACGAGGAGAAGCACCUGGUCUGGGAAUAUUUUUACCUCCAAUCAACUUACAUUUAUUUUCAGUUCCUUUGAAGUUCGACCUGAUGUUUGAUUUCCUCCUAUCGCUUCUCUCUGUGGACUUUAAAUGGGGAUGUGAGUUAGCUGGUCUGCAAGUUCGACCAUGAAUGGAGGUAACGAAGAUACUUCUCUGAAUCACCUCUCAGAAACACAUUUAUAACACCCACUUUAAUAUUUUACCCUUUAUUUAAAAUGUUUUUAAUGCACUGACUGUCUCUGAGCGACUGCUGAGCCAUGGGGUCAGAGUCAGUGAAGGUGGUGGUCAGGUGUAGGCCCCUGAAUGACAGGGAGAAGGCCCUCAGCUGCAAGAUGGUCCUGUUCAUGGACCUGCACCGCUGCCAGUGCUUCAUAGAGAAACCAGGAGCUGUGGACGAGCCGGCCAAGCAGUUCACCUUUGAUGGGACCUACUUCCUGGAUCAAAACACUGAGGAAAUGUACAACGAGAUUGCUUAUCCUCUGGUUGAGGGUGUCACAGAGGGAUACAACGGCACAAUUUUUGCCUAUGGACAAACAGGAAGCGGGAAAUCUUUCACCAUGCAGGGUGUUCCAGAGCCUGCAGGCCAGAGGGGAGUUAUCCCUAGAGCAUUUGAGCACAUAUUUGAGAGCAUUCAGUGUGCAGAAAAUACAAAAUUCCUGGUGAGGGCCUCCUACCUCGAAAUAUACAAUGAAGAAAUCCGAGACCUUUUGGGAAGUGACACCAAACAGAGACUGGAGCUGAAAGAGCAUCCAGAGCGUGGGGUGUAUGUUCGGGACCUCUCCAUGCACACUGUGCACAGCGUGGGCGAGUGCGAGAGGAUCAUCGAGCAGGGCUGGAGGAACCGUGCAGUGGGCUACACACUGAUGAACAAAGACUCCUCCCGCUCACACUCCAUCUUCAGCAUCCACCUGGAGAUCUGCAGCAUGGAUUCAGCUGGCCAGGACCACCUACGAGCCGGUAAACUCAACCUGGUGGACCUUGCCGGAAGUGAGCGUCAGUCAAAAACCGGUGCCACAGGUGAGCGACUCCGCGAGGCCACCAAGAUCAACCUCUCCCUCUCUGCGCUGGGGAAUGUCAUCUCUGCGCUGGUGGAUGGACGCUCCAAGUACAUCCCGUACCGAGACUCCAAGCUGACCCGGCUGCUGCAGGACUCUCUGGGAGGAAACACCCGUACUCUGAUGAUCGCCUGUCUGUCACCUGCAGACAACAACUACGAAGAGAGCCUGAGCACACUGCGCUAUGCCAACCGAGCCAAGAGCAUCCAGAACAGACCUUGCAUCAACGAGGACCCCAAGGAUGCUCUGCUCAGAGAAUAUCAGGAGGAGAUUAAAAAGCUGCGGGCCUUCGUGUCAGGACAGCUGGGCACUGCUGACCUUGAAUCUCUUCUGGCUGGUCAGCCGUGUGAUAAAUCCCCAGCGGUUCCUUCAAGGCCGCAGUCCAGCACAUCAGAAGCAGAAAAAGAGAAGAUUAAAGAGGAGUACGAGGAGAGGCUGGCCAAGCUGCAGGCUGAGUACAAUGCAGAGCAGGAAUCCAAGGCCAAGCUGCAGGAGGACAUUACUGCCCUGCGCUCCUCGUUUGAAUCCAAGCUGUGUAGCCUGGAGAAGAUCAAGGCCAGCAGGGGGAGCUCUGUCCUAAAGAAUGAAAAACAAACAGCCACCAAAAAAGAAGAAUCAUAUAUGACACAUGUGGCUGAGGAAGAGCUCGACCACAGCACUGAUACCCUGAGGUUAAGUGCUGAUGGAGAGACUGCCUUUGCAGAGCAGGUUGUACCUUGUGCAGCAGUCACUGUCCAGAAGAGUCCAGAUGGAGAGAGGCUCAUUGACUCACCUGACAUCACGGCUGCAGAGCCGCUGGAUCAGAAACACGUCCUGGAAAGACUGCAGCAGCUGGAGCAGGAGGUGGUGGGAGGCGAGCAGGUCAGGAACAAGGAGCUGCAGCAGAGACACCGGCAGAGGAAGAGCCUCGCUGACCAGAGGAAAGUGCAUCUUAUCCGUGCUCUGUCGGAGAACGGCGAGGACAGUGAAAACGUCCUGCUGAAGGUCUACAACUCCAUCCAGGAGGAGGUGCACGCAAAAAGCCAAAUGCUGAUCAAGGUCCAAGGAAAGCUGAAAGCAGCCAAACUGGAGAUCCGUGACCUGCAGGCAGAGUUUGAGGUGGAGAGGAACGACUACCUGGCAACCAUCCGGCGUCUGGAGAGGGAGGGUCAGUUGCUCCACGGCCUGCUGGAGCGGAUGGUGCCCCUGGUGCGUCGAGACUGCAACUACAGCAACCUGGACCGCUUGAAGAAGGAAGCCGUGUGGGAUGAGGACAGCGCCACCUGGAGGCUCCCUGAUGUGAUGGUGCAGAAAACAACCCUGCCUUCAGUGGCUCCAAAACCUGCAGCCCGCAGAGGUUCAUCUGCUGAUUUCGGAGAGCCAGUUAUGGUGGAAGAGGACAGAUAUAAGGAAAUGCUGAGCCGCAGCGACAGUGAAAACAUUGCCAGCAGCUAUUUCAAGUCAAAGAGAGCGAGUCAGCUGCUGGGAGGUGACACUACCAAGGUUCACGCCGUCCGCUCCCCUCCCCUGGUAAAUGGAGCAGCCCACCUCACUGUGAGCGGUUCCACUUUGAACUCGCCUGUCAGCUCUGACUCCGUCCUGCCGCGGCCUUUCCGUCUCGAGUCGUUGGGCGUCACCGCGCUCAGCGGUAAGGUGAAGCGCAAAAAAAGCAAAUCUCACAUCAACAGUGAGGGAAACUGAAGAUUGUAGAUCCCCACUCAAGUACAUCUCACGUUAAGUCCACUUCAAAGAUUUUAUACACUCCUAUUGAUCACAUAAUGUUCAGGGUAAGUUAUUGAACAGCUUUUUAAUUGCUUUUAUCACUAGACAUUUAAUCACUGGUGGUCAUUAUGAGUCCUGCUGUGUUCCUGAAUGCUACCUACAGUAUGAUGCUACCCUUGAUUGUUUUGCACUGUCUCUAAAAAAUUGUGAUUCCUGCACUGUGCGACUCAAAGUCCAGCUACUUUAAUAUUUAACUCUUAACAUGUUCCACUGAUUAUAAAGCCGAGCUUUGACCUGCUGAUUGUUUAACAUUUUAAAAAUCUUGACCUGCUACUAAACAAAAAUAAAAAACACAUUUUUCAAUCCA